UCGGUGCCAGAGUAUUUGCCCGCUGGACAAAUGGGUUGUACUACAGAAGUUUCGUCAGUGAGUCCACUUCGUCGUCAGUCGCAGUAACUUAUGAUGACGGAGUUAAAGCUGCCCUUUCAAAGAAUGACAAAGCUGCCAUCAUCCUUGACAAGAUCCCAGAAGAGGACCAGGUCAAGAUAGACCAGAAGGUGAUUGGUUAUUGGCCAAGUGACGGGGAAUAUUACUUAGGAUAUAUCUCACAAUUAUGUGAUGACGGAAGCAAGUAUUUUACUAAGUUUGACGAUGGAGGUGAACGUUGUGAAGCGAUUUACGAGAUACGCACCGUUCCUUAG